AUGGAGAAGGUUGAGAGCGACCUUGGCGGUCAAUUCGCCGAUAGAGAAGAGGCUAGUAAUUCGCCACCACCAAAACUUUACGUCGACACCUCUCACACCUCAAGUUUCUUCGAACAGCUCAAUUCAUUGAGAAGUGACCGUUUAUUAUGUGACGUUUCACUGGUACCAGUGAAACGAGUCUCGCUUGACAGACCUGAAACUCCUUCGAACUUUUGUAAAGGCUCGCCAAUUUAUGCACACAAAGUUAUUCUAUCUUCUACAUCUCCCUAUUUUUGUGCCAUGUUUGCAACUUCCAAUAUGAUUGAAUCGAAAGCUAGCACUGUGGAAUUACAUGAUAUGGAUGAAGAGGCUCUUCGCCAAUUGAUCGACUUUAUUUACACAGGUCAACUCACAAUAAAUUCAAAUUUAAGCCAUGCCCUUCUAACAACAGCCUCGAUGUUGCAACUAAAUUCAGUUAAAGAUGCUUGUGCAAACUUUUUGAUUGAUACAAUAACGCUUGGAAAUGUGAUAUCUUUGCUCGACUUUGCCUGCAUUUAUAAUUGUACUCAACUAGCAGUGUCUGCUCGCAAUUAUAUUUACAAGAAUUUUUGUCAUCUGGUAGAUUCUGAUGAGCUUUUAACGCUGGAUUUUGAACGAUUCUGCAGUUUAAUCUCGGAUGAUCGCCUAGUUUGUGGUGAAUGCGGUGAAGAAGAGGUUUAUCGAACGGCUAUCAGAUGGAUCCAAGCAGCGCCAGAAGAACGCGAACAAUAUACACCAAAGUUGUUGUCGCAAGUGAGACUUGGCCUCUGCUCCGGAGACUUUCUAGCGGAGACAGUUUUCAAUGAGCCAGUUAUUAAAAAUCAGCAAGAGUGCAAGGAUAUUCUUCUGGAGGCAAGUAAAGUACAUCUACGCCGAGGGCGACUUUCCCCAUCUGCGUCAUCACUUCGGGAGCGGUUUGUCCGACCCCGACAACAAAUUGGAUCGAACAAGAUUGUGAUAGUCGUCGGAGGUCAGGCACCAAAGGCAAUUCAUAAUGUUGACGCCUAUGAUCCAACUACAAUGCAAUGGACUUCUUUGAGCCCUUUAUCGCAAAGACGUUGCCGAUGUGGUGUUGCCCUAAUCGAUCGUCAUAUCUAUGCUGUUGGUGGUUUUAAUGGAGCUCAGCGAAUGAAAUCUGUUGAUGUGUAUGACACUAUUAGAAAUCAAUGGAUCCCUGGACCACCUAUGAGGCUUCGUCGGGGAACUCUUGGGGUGACCACUUUCAACGAUCAGCUAUUGAUUGCUGUAGGAGGUUUUGAUGGAGCAAAUGGGAUUGCAAAUGCUGAACUGUUGGAUCCACGAACAGGAGAUUGGUCAGAACUUGCCUCGAUGACAACGCGUCGGUCGUCGGUUGGCGUGACGUCUGUUGGCUCUAGUGUUUACGCGGUUGGCGGGUACGAUGGUCAGAGUAGACAUUGUUUGAAUACGGUAGAAGUUUUUGAUCUGCGAGCAAAUCGUUGGCGUGCUGGGAAGCCAUUACGCGAGGUUCGAUCUGGAGCUGCAGUAUGUUCUCUUAACGGUUUAAUCGUUGCUGCGGGUGGUCACGAGGGAGCAACUGUGAGGGAUACCGUUGAGAUCUAUAAUCCUGGGGUAGAUGAUGAUUGGGCAUUGAUUCCAAACAUGAGCGCUCCAAGACGAAAUGCGGGUGUACUUUUUGUGAAUAGCUCUUUAAUGGUUUUCGGUGGCGAUGAGGGAGAUUCUCAUUUAUUGGAUUCGAUUGAAACAUUGACAAUGGAUAUGGGUAGAGGACAACGGGCAGAGUUUGCCGGAAGAUGGCAAGUAAUAGAGUCAACACUUCCGCAACCUCGAUCAUACAGUGGAUUAGUGCUUGUCGAUAAGCCG